CUGACAGCUAAUGAGAGGAGAGAGAAAGAAGGUGAAAAAUGAAAAUAUCCGUGUAGCGUGUGAAGGGAUGAGCCACGUCAUCAAGGAAAUUGAUUUUAAAGGGUCUUGUUCUUCCAUCUUCAGCGACCAACACCUGUGCAGCAAUUCUCUGUCACCAAAUUUGAUCUUUCUUUCUUUCUUUCUUUGGCGGGAAUGACAGAAACGGGGGUUUCUGAUAAUUUCAAGGGCUUAAUACUGGCGAUGGGUUCUAGUGCAUUCAUCGGUUCCAGUUUCAUCUUGAAGAAGAAGGGUCUUAAGCGUGCUGCUGCACGCGGUACUCGUGCAGGAGUUGGUGGCUAUACUUAUCUACUAGAGCCGCUUUGGUGGGCUGGCAUGGUGACAAUGAUUAUUGGGGAGAUUGCAAACUUUGUUGCUUAUAUCUAUGCUCCGGCAGUUCUGGUUACUCCCCUUGGUGCACUUAGUAUUAUUGUCAGUGCUGUUUUGUCUCACUUCUUGUUGAAGGAACGGCUUCCGAAGAUGGGGGUAUUGGGGUGUGUAUCCUGCAUUGUGGGAUCAAUUGUUAUUGUCAUCCAUGCACCACAAGAGCAAACUCCGAGUUCUGUCCAAGAAAUAUGGGAUCUGGCCACUCAACCAGCAUUUCUGUUUUAUGUGAUGGCAACAGUUUCGGUAGUUUUGGCCUUGAUCGUACACUUUGAACCUCGCUAUGGACAGACUAAUAUGCUGGUCUACUUGGGAAUUUGUUCAUUAGUUGGCUCACUUACGGUUGUGAGCAUAAAGGCCAUUGGAAUUGCAAUAAAGCUUACACUUGAUGGAAUAAGUCAAAUAGCUUAUCCUCAGACUUGGUUUUUUCUUACCGUGGCCACAAUCUGUGUCAUUACGCAGUUGAAUUACCUUAAUAGGGCUCUGGAUACAUUCAAUGCCACAAUUGUUUCUCCUGUAUAUUAUGUAAUGUUCACAACUCUUACUAUUAUUGCCAGUGCAAUAAUGUUUAAGGAUUGGUCCGGUCAGGAUGUCAGCAGCAUAGCCUCUGAGAUAUGUGGAUUCAUCACUGUUCUUACAGGAACAAUCAUAUUGCACAUGACUAGAGAACAGGAAGAAUCUAAUAUGCAAAAGACCUCAACAUGGUUUAUAGGUGAGGAUUUGAUGAAGGGUGUUGAGAAUGAACACCUGAUCCAUAUACAUGAUUCAGAUUACCUCGAACGUUGAAUUUUCCUUGGAGGUUAGGUUGAUGUUCGAGAACAUUUUCAAUCUGUGCUGAUACAAUGGCGUGAGCCUGCCCAUGGUCACAUGAUGUUUUGCAGUGUGGAUUGCUUGUCCUUGAGCUUAAUGAAUUCAAGCAUCGAUGGUGCUAUAGCUUUCUAACCAUUUCUCCGCAUGCUAUUUGCAUGCAGCUGUUGACUGGAGCCAUCUCAGAUUUCAAACGGAAAUGAGAUUGCUGUCUCAUUACAACAAAUGGAAUUUUUGGAGCGAUCUUAUGCCCUGUUCUAUUGUCCAUCUUAGCCAGUGUAACUUUUCUUAACACACACACACACAUAUCUUUUGGUAGGAAGUGAGCAAUUGUUUAUACAGUUCCGUCUGUAUUUCUCAUUUAAUUAACUAUUAGAUUUAUAGUUUCUUUUCUUGAAAUAGGUAAAUGAUAGAUCCGUUGGCUUCCGCUGAAAAUGUUGAGGAUAUUUAUUCUCCGAUCUUCUGCAGUAAAAAAUGAAUUAUUAUCUAUUUUUUUAUCCUCCAGACCUGAGGAUAUUAGCAAGCAAAGAUGACUUGAUACGGUUAUUCGCAUCAAAGAACCUGCUAGUGGAGUAGUGGUAGCGAGUUUAGCGUAUUUUUGCAUGGCAUCUAUCUUUGUUCUAUCCUCAUUCAUUCCUCACUUAUUUAUAAUACAAUUCGUUAAAUGGUUGCUUCGAUUCGAAGCGAACUA